AAUUUGUCCCUCAUCGGCCACCACAGAGCACGAACCUUCCCGAGUGCGGCUCGACUUCCAUCGGAAACCCUCGUUUAAAAUGUCACCCGUCCUCCUUCUUGGGAUUUUAUCUUCCUUAAUCCUAGAUAUCUGGGCCGACCCCUGUCCGUGCGAGAGGGAAGAGUUAUGCCAACAGAUUCGCGACGAGCGAGAUUUCGAGGUGUUUGUGUUCGAUGUGGGCGGGAAGACGUGGAAGUCGUACAACUGGAGUGUGGUGACCACAGUGGCCACAUUUGGGAAAUUUGACGCAGAGCUUAUGUGUCACGCUCAUUCCAAUGGAGCAAGGGUAGUACUCAAAGGUGACGUUCACCUGGCAUAUGUCGUUGACCAAAACAACAGGACGGAAUGGAUCACGGAGAAGGUCAACUUGGCCAAAAGUCAGUUCAUGGACGGGAUCAAUAUCGACAUUGAACAAGCAGUAGAAGAAGGCUCGUCUGAGUACUUUGCUCUGACAGACCUGGUCAAAGAAACCACUGAGGCUUUCCACAAGGAGAUCCCUGGUUCUCAGGUGUCCUUUGAUGUUGCCUGGUCGCCCGAAUGUAUUGACAAGCGCUGCUACGAAUACAUCACCAUCGCUGAAAGCUGUGAUCUGCUCUUUGUGAUGUCCUACGAUGAGCAGAGUCAGAUACUGGGAGACUGUAUCGCCAUGGCCAACGCGCCCGUCACUCAAACUCUCAAUGCCUAUGAUCAGUAUUUGAAUUUGAAGAUAGCGCCAAAGAAGUUAGUGAUGGGGGUUCCGUGGUAUGGCUACGACUACCCUUGUCUCAACUUUACACAGGAUGACAUCUGCUCUAUCGCCAAAGUGCCGUUUCGUGGCGCUCCGUGUAGCGAUGCUGCUGGAAAACAGAAAGCCUACAGCUGGAUCAUGAAACAGGUCAACAGCUCAUCGUCUGGCCGCCUGUGGCACGGUGGACAGCAGGCACCCUACUUCAACUACGAGUUCAGGAUGUACCCCGCCUCCUGCCUGUCGACAGCUGGGAUAGGUUCCAGCGCUCCCUGCAACCCUCAUGAGGAUAAGCAGCUAUUUAUUUAUUUAUUUAUUCGUUUGUUUAUUCAUUCAUUCUUCUUUUCCUUUCGGCUUGCCACAGCGUGUCAUCUUUUUCUAUCCAAGCCUAUCUUCUGCAUCUUCCUCUCUAACACCCACUGCCCUCAUGUCUUCCCUCACAACAUCUAUCAACCUUCUCAUAGGUCUUCCUCCCGCUCUUUUUGCCUGGCAAAUCUGUCUGGCUUCUGGACAUGUCCAAACCAUCGAAGUCUGCUCUCUCCAACCUUGUCUCCAAAACAUCCAACUUUGGCUGUACCUCUCAUGAGCUCAUUUGUAAUCCUAUCUAACCUGCUCACUCCUAGAGAGGACCUCAGCAUUUCAUUUCUGCUACCUCCAGUUCUGCUUCCUGUUGUUUCUUCAGUGCCACCGUCUCUAAUCCGUACAUAAUGGCCGGCCUCACCACUGUUUUAUAGAGUUUGCCCUUCAUCCUAGCAGAGACUCUUUUGUCACAUAACACAACAGACACCUUUCGCCAGCUGUUCCAACCUGCUUGGACCCGUUUCUUCACUUCCUGACCACACUCUCCAUUGCUCUGUAUUGUUGACCCCAAGUAUUUGAAGUCCUCCACCCUCGCUGUCUCUUCUCCCUGUAGCCUCACUCUUCCCCCUCCACUUUUCUCAUUCACGCACAUAUAUUCUGUUUUACUUCGGCUAAUCUUCAUUCCUCUCCUUUCCAGUGUGUGCCUCCAUCUUUCUAAUUGUUCCUCUGCCUGCUCCCUGCUUUCCUUGCUUAUCAUGAUAUCAUCUGCAAACAUCAUGGUCCAAGGGGAUUCCAGUCUAACCUCAUCUGUCAGCCUAUCCAUUACCACUGCAAACAGGAAGGGGCUCACAGAGCUGAUCCCUGAUGCAGUCCCACCUCCACCUUAAAUUCUUCUGUCACACCUAUCCCAUACUUCACCGCUGUUCUGCUGGCCAUAUACAUGUCCUGUACUGUUCUAACAUAUUUCUCCGCCACACCUGACGUCCGCAUGCAGUACUACAGUUCCUCUCUUUGUACUCUGUCAUAGGCUUUCUCUUGAUCCACAAAAACACAAUGUAGCUCCUUAUAUAUAUAUAUAUAUA